AAGCCAUAUUGUUCCAACAAUAUUAAUCUAUCUUGCACCCGGCCCGCCUGUGAUUCAAACCUCUGGCUUGCAAGUCGGUCUCCAUCCUGAUUGAGAUUCUCUUCUCUUACGAACUCAGAUUAGUUUUGUUAUAACAGCUAGCGCAGCGCUACAGAAAUUCUUGCAGAGAGACCAAGAGCUAGAGCAGUUUAUGUCGACAUCAAGACCAAUUCCUCCCUUCAAUGGCCUUCCUAUUGGCUCUUCUCGCAGGUACCGAGCUUCAGCUCGUAAUCCUAACCAUCUUCUGGUUAUCUCAAAAGGCAAGAUCGGCAGCCGUUUUCUGGGAAACGGUUUGCAGUUUGUCAACACGGGCCUGACAGCGACAGAGCUAAUUGUCAGCAAGACAAAGAUGUACAGUGUACUUCCAGGAGGUCCGCUUGGACCGCUUCCUUCUGAUCCUUCUCCCGGUUCAUGGAAAGUUUGGAUAUUUGGAAUGAUAGCGACGGUAAUUCUACCAUUCUUGGGGAACAAAUGGGGACCAUUAUUGAGACUGAAAAGGCAAGUUGAUACGGCUGCGAAUACAGUAGAAGCAGUAGCAGAGAUCAUAGAAAAGGUGGCUGAGAAAGUGGAUAAGGUUGCAGAAGACGUCGCCGAUCACCUUCCGGCAGGCGGAAGACUCAGAGAAGCUGCGACUUUGAUUGAACAUCUAGCCGAGGAAACAGCCAAGGGUGCCCAUCUGGUUGAUGAAGCAAUCGAGAAGGUUGAAGAAUUGGAGAGGCAGGUGGAGUCAUUGAUUGAACCAUUGACUGAAGAAGCCAAACCCAUGCCUAAAGAAGCAAAUGAACAUUUAUAACUAGACUUGUAAUUUUUUGGGCUUUUGACUUGUAAUUUUUUGGAUAGAUUGUAAAUUUUAUUGGGUGAAUAAUCAGCUUAAUUAAUUUUAUUUUUCUUUUGA